AGCCGCCAGCUGCCAGCUGAAACCCGAAACCCCGGCUGCGUCUGCGGGCUGGCCCCACUCAGUUGUUCCAGCCUCUUGUACUGUAUAUUUACACAUCCACACACAAUCAGUCUUUCUAACUUCUGGACUCUUCUUUGCGCAACUGCUAGGAUUUCUCAAAUGCGUGCGCCUACUCAGCCCGACUCCGGGUGAAAGCCGGCGGGGCUCAGGGGGGCAUCGCAGGCCGGCGGGGCUACAGAGGCGCCGGCGGGGACCCGAGGGGAACGGGGCAGCGACGGCAGGGGCAUUCCCCCAACUUUCCACCACAGCUGCGGCUGGGGGCAGCUGCGGAUUUCCUCCGAGACCCGCGCUGCGGGCGGGGAGCGAAUGGAGCUCCGCGCUACCUCUGGCGGUGAGAAGUAAGGGACACCCCAUCUGCUUUCCUUGUCUUUCCGCCAGACCCGGGAUCCUGAGUAGUCGGAGCAGCCAUCGCCCCGCGUAGGUCCCGCGCCCGCAGUAGGGAACUUCCAUCAGCUUGAAAAUGGAGGAGAACAAUGACUCUGCCGAGAACCCCCAAGGCCAAGGGCGGCAAAAUGCCACCAAGUGUGGGUGGCUGAGGAAGCAAGGAGGCUUUGUCAAGACUUGGCAUACCCGCUGGUUUGUGCUCAAGGGAGAUCAGCUCUAUUAUUUUAAAGAUGAAGAUGAAACCAAGCCCUUGGGUACUAUUUUUCUGCCUGGAAAUAAAGUCCUUGAACAUUCCGGUAAUGAAGAGAACCCAGGGAAAUUCCUUUUUGAAGUAGUUCCAGGAGGCGAUCGAGAUCGGAUGACAGCCAAUCAUGAGAGCUACCUUCUCAUGGCGAGCACCCAGACUGAUAUGGAAGACUGGGUGAGGUCUAUCCGCCGAGUCAUAUGGGGACCUUUUGGAGGAGGUAUUUUCGGACAGAAACUGGAAGACACAGUCCGAUACGAGAAGCGAUAUGGGAACAGGCUGGCCCCCAUGCUGGUGGAGCAGUGCGUGGACUUUAUCCGACAACGUGGGCUGAAGGAAGAGGGCCUUUUUCGACUGCCUGGCCAGGCUAAUCUGGUUAAGGAGCUCCAGGACGCCUUCGACUGUGGAGAGAAGCCCUCGUUUGACAGCAAUACCGAUGUACACACAGUAGCAUCCCUUCUUAAACUGUAUCUCAGAGAACUUCCGGAACCAGUUAUUCCUUAUGCAAAGUACGAAGACUUUCUGUCAUGUGCCAAACUCCUCAGCAAGGAAGAAGAAGCAGGUGUUAAGGAAUUAGCGAAACAGGUGAAGAGUUUGCCGGUGGUUAAUUACAACCUCCUGAAGUAUAUUUGCAGGUUCUUGGAUGAAGUGCAGUCCUAUUCAGGAGUUAACAAGAUGAGUGCACAGAACUUGGCAACAGUCUUUGGUCCUAACAUCCUGCGCCCAAAGGUGGAAGAUCCUUUGACCAUCAUGGAGGGCACUGUGGUGGUCCAGCAGCUAAUGUCAGUGAUGAUUAGUAAACAUGAUCACCUCUUCCCCAAAGAUACAGAACUGCAAAGCAAGCCACAAGAUGGACUGAACAACAACAACAACGAUAUUCAGAAGAAAGCCACUGUAGGUCAGUUACAGAACAAGGACAGCAAUAACUCCAAGGAUAGCCCUGGCAGGCGGUGCUCUUGGGACAAGACUGAAUCUCCCCAGAGAAGCAGUAUGGACAAUGGGUCUCCCACAGCUUUAUCAGGCAGCAAAACCAACAGCCCCAGGAACAGUGUUCACAAGCUGGAUGUCUCCAGGAGCCCCCCUCUCAUGGUUAAAAAGAACCCAGCCUUCAAUAAGGGUAGUGGGAUAGUCACCAAUGGGUCCUUCAGCAGCAGUAACACAGAAAGUGUUGAAAAGCCUCAGACUACCCCUAACGGGAGCUUACAAGCCAGAAGGGCCUCUUCACUGAAGGGUUCUGGUACCAAAAUGGGCACGCACAGUGUGCAGAAUGGAACAGUUCGCAUGGGUGUUUUGAACACUGACGCUCUCGGGAACCCUUUAAAUGGUCGAAGCAUGAGCUGGCUGCCCAAUGGCUACGUGACCCUGAGGGAUAGCAAGCCAAAGGAACCAGCUGGGGAGUCAGGCCAGCACAACCGGCUCUCCACCUAUGAUAAUGUCCACCAGCAGUUCUCCAUGAUGAUUCUGGAUGAUAAGCACAGCGUUGACAGCGCCACCUGGUCCACCUCCUCCUGUGAAAUCUCCCUCCCUGAGAACUCCAAUUCCUGUCGCUCCUCCACAACCACUUGCCCAGAUCAGGACUUUUAUGGUGGGAACUUUGAGGAUCCUGUUUUAGAUGGGCCCCCUCAGGACGACCUUUCCCACCCCGGGGACUAUGAAAACAAGAGUGACCGCAGGAGCGUGGGAGGUCGAAGUAGUCGUGCCACCAGCAGCAGCGACAACAGUGAGACGUUUGUGGGCAACACCACCAGCAACCACAGUGCACUUCACAGUUUAGUUUCCAGUCUGAAACAGGAAAUGACGAAGCAAAAGAUCGAGUAUGAGUCCAGGAUCAAAAGCUUAGAACAGCGAAAUUUGACUUUGGAAACAGAAAUGAUGAGCCUCCAUGAUGAACUGGAUCAAGAAAGAAAAAAGUUCACCAUGAUAGAAAUCAAAAUGAGGAAUGCCGAGCGAGCAAAAGAAGAUGCCGAGAAAAGGAACGACAUGCUGCAGAAAGAAAUGGAGCAGUUUUUCUCCACAUUUGGAGAUCUGACAGUGGAACCCAGGAGAACCGAGAGAGGAAACACAAUAUGGAUCCAGUGAGCCUUUCUCUGCUGUCCUGGAUAUCUCUGGGAAGGACUCUGGGGAUUGGGAGGGCAGGGGGUUAACAGUGUGGGGAAGCUAUGUGAGAUCAGGUGGCUGGUCACCUGGUUGUGUAGAGCCUCAUCUGGUAAGGGAAUCUCAUUUACAUUCACUGUCCAUAUCUGCAGUGUGUACCAAAGUUAUAUCACUCUCCAUAACGCUACUGUCAAGUGUUACAACUGGAUAUGUGUAUAGAGAGUAGUUUUUAAAAUGGCAACUAAAAGUAAGAAGCAUAUCUCAAUAAUUAUUUUAUUGCAAGUCUUGUAUUUAAAUGUUGAAUCAAUAUGUUGUUGCGAUUUAGCUUGCUUUCAAGCUUCACCCCUUGCACUUAACAUAAGCUAUUUUUGGCAUUGUGUUAUCAUCUGCUUAUUUUAUAGAUCAAUAUUUUUAUUUCCCUUUUGCUGAGGAAAUGAAGAUAAGAAGAAAUAUAAAUAUUAUAAAUAUAUAAGAUGAGUUAUUAAAAUCAAAAGAAUACUUUGUGGCUGUGUUGUUUGUACCAAUAGACCUUUCCAUGACCAAAAAGAGAAAAAUACAAA